AGAGAAAGGCGAUCAGUAGGAGAAGUAGACGGAUUAACAACUAGCACUGAGGGACAAGAUAAAAUGAAAAAAAAAGCUGGGAUUGACUGCAAAGAAGUGAAGGAAACAACACUUGUUUACUGACCAAUACUUAAAGAUCAGCAGAUGCCAACAAGUGGGAAGAAGAAACCAAAAAAAGAAAGUAAAAUUAGGCAAGAAGUUCAGGCAUAAGGGUCAGUGCUAGCAGAGAGGAACUGGCGCUUUAUCAGGAAGCAGGUGGAGCCAUUACAGAGAGACACCGGUGUCCGGCAUCACAACUACCAUGUACAGUGGAUAUGGAGGGAGUCCAUCACGAACUCUGUCCACCAUGUCGCUGUCUGUCCGUCCAGUCAGACGCAUCACAUCCAGGUCCAUCACUAGGAGCCAGAGCUUCACUGGAGUUAACACACAGGAGAGGCCUUACAGGAACCUCUCAGUGUUCAGCACUCCUGGUAUCAGCAGGAAGUCCAGCCGAGCGAGUGGACUCUUCACUAUGUCUACCAAAGCCAACCCACCACCGAAAGUUCCUCAACCAGAGCGGCUGGAUGAGGUCUACAAUGCUCUGAAAAGAGGGCUCCAAUCUUACCUGCAUGUUUACCAAAUGGAUCUGGAAAACAUCAACAGACAGAUUAGAAUGUCUAAGAGAAACUCCAGACUGGGUUUCCUUUAUGAGUUAGAUAAGCAAGUUAGGGUGAUUGAGCGGUACAUCACAAAGCUGGAGUUUCAUCUCAGUAAGGUUGAGGAGUUUUAUGAAGCCUAUUGCCUGCAGAGGAAACUGAGAGAUGGAGCACACAAGAUAGUGAAGGCAUACACAGCCAACCCAGGAAGCAAGGAGGCCAAGGAGAGCCUGGGAGAGGCUUCUAAAGGAUACAAGGAAUGCACGGAGAAUAUGUGUGUGAUGGAAAAUGACUUUGAGAACCAGCUUGGAGAAUUCCACAUCAGAUUGAAAGGUCUUGCAGGAUUUGCCAGGUUGUGUGCAGGGGAUCAGUAUGAGAUCUUUAUGAAGUAUGGCCGACAGCGAUGGAAACUGCGGGGAAGGAUAGAAAUCAACGGCAAGCAGGUGUGGGACAGUGAAGAGACGGUGUUUCUCCCUCUCAUUAAUGAGUUCCUCUCUGUGAAGGUGACAGAACUGAAGAGCUUAGCCAAUCACGUGGUCGUAGGGAAUGUUUCCUGUGAAAUGAAAGACCUGUUUGCUCCACUCACCCAGGUGGUUGCUGUGGAUAUAAAUGAUCUUGGCACUCUUAAACUUAGCCUUGAAGUUACCUGGAAUCCAUUUGAUAAAGAUGACCAGGCUGGUCUUGUCAACAAAACACCAACAGUUUCAUCAAACAUCCUCAGACAACCAGGGACACCACCCGUACGCAGUCAACCCUUCCCUAUUCCUGACGACAGUCCAGAUGGGGAAGUAAAAGAGCCGCCCUGGUCAAUCUCAGACUCAUCUGAUGACUCCGCCGGCCGUCAGUCGUCUGUGCCGGUGGAACCCAGCUCUCCACUUCUCAUGGGUGGGUUAAGGACCUCAGGAACUGAACCUGCAUCAUUUUCUUCUCAUCAGCCCGAGGUUCACUAUUCUCCUCCUCCUACUGAGAUUCCCAAUGGGAGUUCCACUUUAAAGGCUUCCAACAUCCAAUUUGCAUAUGUAGGCGACAUCCCCAGGAUGAUGGAAGAGGAACCAGUAACAAAUGGCCUUCUUGAGGAGCUGGAUUUGGUGGGAACCAUCAGCCCCAGCCCAGUACACGGGCAGUCUUACGCUCGCUCUCUGAGUCACAUCAGUGAGAGUAGCACCGAUGGGUUUGUGGAUUCAUCAGUUGGUGAUUCAGGAGAUGUAACCUCUCUGAUGUCUGGGAUCUCUAUAAAUGACAUAGAGAUCCCCCGUAGAACAUCUGAACCAGCAAGCUCCUCCCUCAUGCACACUGACAUUCCACCAAGCCUCUGUGUUGUGGAGGAAAUCCCAAAUGCCAGUCCCAUUCCUGACCCACUCAUUCAUCCACAUGAAGAAUCCUUUUUUCCCCAGGUUGAGAGGGAUGAGCCAAACAGAUUUUAUCCUGACUUAGAGUACACAAACCCAUCCACAACCAGCAGAAAUGGGACCUACAGAGCUCAAAAAGUGCUGGUGACAGAGGACAGGCCAUGUGUGGGAGCAAGUUGGUUACCUGGAGGGAGUGACAGUGUGGUGGACAGUGAGCUGGAGGAUGCCCUGGAAAUUCUUCUUUCCUCUCUGGAUGAUUAUAGAGGACAGUUUCCUGAGUUGCAAACACUUGAACAAAACCUAAGGCUCCUGCAGGUAACUCUGAAGGGGACCAGUCACAGCCGUUCAGCCAGCUUGGCCAGCCUCUCAGUGGAAUCAGCUUUGGGCAGCUUUGACUUUCUAUCUGACUGUGAGGAAGAGGAGGAGAAGAUGAGUAACAGGAAGAUGAGGAAUGGCAGACAAGAGCAUGGGGACUGGGACAGUCCUCCCCUCCUCCAUUCACCUCUCACCACCAGCUGUGCCACUCUGGACUCCUCCCUGGUGGUCCAUCUGAAGAACUGCACUACACAGCUUUUGCGUCUUGGCACGUUUGGUCCCCUGUGCUGUGGAGAGAUGUACGCCUUAGACAAACUGCUGAGAGAGACACGUGUCUUUGAAAUCAUCCUUCGAAUCGUUAGGGACAACCCCAACCAGCCCAGGCAGCCUGCUGAAGUGAUACCAGAGCUGGGCCACUGCUUCGGUGCCCUGUCCCUCUGGGAGCAGAGUACAGAGUGCGGCACUGUGUACUGUGUCUCUGUUGAGAACUUUCUCUCCACUUUGUCUACAUCAUACUCCAGCAUGGCUCAUGGAGGGGCUGAUGCAGUGUUCUUAUGCCUGGUUGAGCAAAUUUUGGAUCAGAGGUUACCACGACGAGGCAACACAGGCAAAGGAAUUAUCACAGUGUUUCAGCUGUGGAGUUACUUGGAGUCUAACGGGAUCAGUGACAUUGAGAUGCACAUCGCUGAGCUAGCAGAAGAGGUGUUCCUGGUGCUGAGCCUCAGAUCAACUGACCUGGAUGUAAUUAUAAAUACUUUGAGACGGCCUCCUGAGCGCAACCUGAGGAGAGGAGAGCUCCAUGCUGUUGCCAAGUUAUUGAAAGAUCCACGAGGCAAAGUGUCAACAUCUGCCAGCUCUUUACUGAGAGGCCUGACUGCUCAGCCCACACAGAGAGAACAGGCUUUGGUGCACUGCUUGGAGCUGCUGGAAGAUGAAGACAUAGACACCAGAGUGUGUGGAUGCAAAGCUUUGGCAUGUCUCAAGGCCAAAGAAAGCAUUGAGCAGCUGGUGUAUAUUUGUCAGACAGACAAGGAAGAUGUCCGAGAUGCUGCCAAACAAGCACUGCUGACACUGGGUGAGGAAGGAAAGAUGGCCUACAGACACGUGGAAAUAUCUCAGGACAGCUUGCCGAGACUCUUUGCUCCAGGAAGCAUGGCCAGCACAGCCUUCUGACCGGACCCAGCUUCUGGCAGUCCCAGCACAUCAACAACAUGGCACCACAGUAUCUACUGUGUCCAUCUGCUAAUGUGGAGAACCAGCUAUAACUUAAACCUUUAUUAAGCAGUCAUUUAUAGUUAGGAGUACUUCAAACAAAUUUGUCACAAAUGAUCACAUUUCUGAAAUAUUAGCUAAAUUAACAAAGAAAUGAAGUUCAACCUUCAUUAUUAUACAAUAUGAAGAACUUUUAGUGUUACCCAAACAGAGAGUUCCAGCGCUGGCUUAUCAGCCAGCGCUGGAACUAAAUGGAGUCCAGUAAAGGCUCCAUUCAGUAAGCUGUUGCUGCUCCUUUUGUCA